AAAUUUAGUAAAUGAAUAAAAUAAUAGAAGAAAAGUGGUUUGGCCUCUCCGGCGACUCUUUCUUCUUCAUUGUGCUACCGAACUUCUCGCCUCUUCUCUGACCCAUUUCCAACAACCAUCUCUCGAUUCUUUCAUCCUCUCUAUGCUGCUUCUUCUUCAUUGCUCUGCCAUGAAUUGUAGUUUCUUCAUCGGAUCCAACGAUCUCCAAUCAUCCUAGGACCUCCGUCCACAUGCACCCUUUCUGCUGCGUCUCGGAUCACUCUCCUUCGAUGGCGUCGUUGCCCGAACAACCGCCUCUCGGUGUGACACGAUCCGAACCUAUGAUGACUCGAUCUGCUUCUCAGAGUUCUAACCGUCAAUCAAGUCGUCAAGUCCUCCAAAGUCUAUCCUUCAACCACCAGAGUGACGUGGCGAAUCUGCUAGCCCUACCGGCGUUGGCGAUUAGAGAACCGCCGGUUGAUGUGAAGAUAAACGAUAUCGUAGGGAACGGAAUCGCUGGAAUACUGCAUAAGUGGGUGAAUUACGGUAGAGGGUGGAGACCAAGGUGGUUCGUGUUGCAGGAUGGUGUUCUUUCCUAUUAUAAAAUCCAUGGACCUGAUAAGAUCUUUGUUAGUCCUGAAACUGAAAAGGGAUCCAAAGUGAUCGGAGAAGAGUCCACUCGUAUGAUUGCUAGGCACCACAACAAGCAUGGUGGAAACAGCUCCACUUCCCAACUCCGUCGCAAGCCAUUCGGAGAAGUACAUCUCAAGGUUUCUUCAGUACGGGAGAGUAGAUCAGAUGAUAAGAGGUUUUCCAUAUUCACUGGCACCAAGAGGCUCCACUUGCGAGCAGAGACUCGAGAGGACCGAGCAACCUGGGUUGAGGCACUGCUAGCUGUCAAAGAUAUGUUUCCAAGGAUGUCUAACAGUGAAUUGAUGGCGCCGGUCAACAAUUUGGCCAUCUCCGCGGAGAAGCUUCGGCAACGUUUGGUUGAUGAAGGAGUUAGUGAGUUAGCUAUUCAGGACUGUGAGCAAAUUAUGAGGUCUGAGUUCUCAGCACUUCAGAGCCAGUUGGUGCUUCUUAAGCAGAAGCAGUGGCUUCUCAUUGACACCCUUCGGCAUUUAGAGACAGAAAAGGUAGAUCUUGAGAACACAGUUGUAGAUGAGAGCCAAAGACACACUGAAAAUGAAGGUCCCAAUGAUUUAAGAAACGAGAAGUUCAGUGAAGGGACUGCCACUGAAUCUGAUGACGAUAAUGAGCGAGGCGAUGCAGAAACGGAUGAGGAAGACCACACUUUUUUUGAUACACGUGACUUUCUUUCUUCAAGUUCUUUCAAGAGUAGUAGUUCUGGCUUUCGUACAUCGUCGUUUUCUUCUGAUGAUGAUGGCUUUGGGUCAGAAGAUGAUACUGAUCCUUCCAUCAAGUCUGUUGGAUUCAACUAUCCUCGCGUCAAAAGGAGGAAGAGUUUACCUGAUCCUGUUGAAAAAGAGAAAAGUGUUAGCCUUUGGUCAAUGAUCAAAGACAAUAUAGGCAAAGAUCUCACAAAAGUUUGUCUACCUGUUUACUUCAACGAGCCACUAUCUUCCCUACAGAAGUGUUUUGAGGAUUUGGAAUAUUCAUACCUUCUUGAUCGAGCAUUUGAAUGGGGCAAAAGGGGAAAUAGCCUCAUGAGGAUUCUUAAUGUCGCUGCUUUUGCUGUAUCUGGGUAUGCAUCUACGGAAGGAAGAAUCUGCAAACCUUUUAACCCACUGCUAGGUGAAACAUACGAGGCAGAUUAUCCAGACAAAGGACUUCGAUUUUUCUCCGAAAAGGUCAGUCAUCAUCCUAUGGUUUUGGCAUGCCAUUGCGAUGGUACGGGAUGGAAAUUCUGGGCAGACAGCAAUCUGAAGAGCAAAUUUUGGGGUCGGUCGAUUCAGCUUGAUCCUGUUGGUGUGUUGACUUUGCAAUUUGAUGAUGGAGAAAUCCUUCAGUGGAGUAAGGUGACUACAUCGAUAUACAAUCUCAUACUUGGUAAACUUUACUGUGAUCACUAUGGCACUAUGCGUAUCGAGGGCAGUGCUGAAUACUCUUGUAAACUUAAAUUCAAAGAGCAGUCGAUCAUUGACCGAAAUCCUCACCAGGUUCAUGGUAUAGUUCAAGACAAGAGUGGGAAGACAGUGGCAACGAUGUUUGGGAAAUGGGAUGAGAGCAUGCACUAUGUGACGGGUGAUUGUUCUGGAAAGGGGAAACUGAGCGAAGAUAUGUCAGGAGCUCAAGUUCUCUGGAAACGGAGCAAACCCCCUGGAAACACAACAAAGUAUAAUCUAACACGUUUCGCAAUCACGCUGAACGAGCUUACACCUGGGCUGAAGGAGAAGUUGCCACCAACAGAUUCAAGGCUGAGACCAGACCAGAGGUAUCUGGAAAACGGUGAGUUUGAAAUGGCCAACACAGAGAAGUUGCGGCUGGAACAGCGACAACGUCAGGCUAGGAAGAUGCAGGAGAGAGGAUGGAAGCCGAGGUGGUUCACGAAAGAGAAAGGAAGCGAGGCUUACCGAUACAAAGGAGGGUACUGGGAAGCCCGCGAGAGAGGAUCAUGGGAUAACUGUCCAGAUAUCUUCGGUCACAUCGAUUCCGAACAACAAAUUGAGUAAAUAAGCAUAAGUUUCAAUUCUGGUCUCAUCGAUUCUUAAAACCACAAAAUCUUUAUCUUCCUCCUUUCUUUUCAUUAUAGUUUGGUGUUUUCUCUUUUUUUUUUCAUGGUCUUUUUAUUCUUUACUCGCAAGUUUGCCUUACAGAACAUUUCCUGUCUUUUUCUUUUGUAAUCAAGAAAAAGUUCGACA